AUCAGAACAGACGGGAGGGGGAAGAGAGAGGGGAAAAAGAAACUGGCUGAGCUACCCUUUGUUUCUCGAUUUGCCAAAUAGAACGGGGAAGAGACCGGCGCAAUAUCACACACUCAGCAUUCUGAAAACAGAUCGUAAGAACAGUGCUUUUUUUUUUUUUUUACCUCUCUGGCCCCUCCUGGCUGUGCUGAGAGAUGUCCACUUCUGACCCACCCAUGGGUGGGACCCCUCGGCCAGUCCCUUCCCCAGGCCCUGGGCCGUCUCCUGGGGCCAUGUUAGGGCCUAGUCCUGGACCUUCACCUGGCUCUGCCCAUGGCAUGAUGGGCCCCAGCCCCGGGCCCCCCUCCUCAGGACAUCCACUACCUCCUCAGGGGCCCUCAGGCUACCCACAGGACAACAUGCAUCAGAUGCACAAGCCCAUGGAAGGCAUGCAUGAGAAAGGCAUGCCUGAUGAUCAACGUUACAAUCAAAUGAAGGGCAUGGGCAUGAGACAGGGUGGGCACGCAGGCAUGGGACCACCACCUAGCCCAAUGGACCAACACUCUCAAGGUUACCCAUCACCUCUUGGCAGUUCUGAGUAUGCCCCCAGCCCGGUACCUUCUAAUGGGCCUCCUUCUGGCCCUAUGAUGCCUUCUGGCCCUGGUGCAGUAACCAUGGAGGGUGGAGACCCCCAGGCCAUGGGUCAGCAGAACCGAAGUGUCGUAUCGGGUGCAGGACCCAGCGGAGGACCUCCAAAUGCAGGUGGACCUGCUGGCCCUGGGGGACCCACGCCUUUCAACCAAAACCAGCUACACCAGCUGCGGGCACAGAUCAUGGCAUAUAAGAUGCUGGCACGUGGACAGCCCCUACCUGACCACCUGCAGAUAGCAGUACAGGGAAAGAGGCCGAUGCCAGGCAUGCAGCAGGGGAUGCCCAACAUGUCCCCUAUUUCAGGACAAGGAGCAGGCCCUCCUGGACCAGGGGGACCCAACUACAAUAGACCACAUGGAAUGGUCGGACCAAACAUUCUUCCUCCAGGACCCUCUGGGGUUCCUCCAGGCAUGCAGGGACAACCUUCUAAUGGACCACCAAAAUCAUGGCCUGAAGGGCCCAUGGUGAACGCUGCUGCCCCUGCAAGUGCCCCGCAGAAGCUGAUACCUCCCCAGCCCACAGGCCGCCCCUCUCCAGCCCCACCCUCCGUUCCUCCUGCUGCCUCGCCCGUCAUGCCCCCUCAAACUCAGUCUCCUGGGCAACCGGUCCAGCCGCCACCCAUGGUGCUCCAUCAGAAACAGAACCGCAUCACGCCCAUUCAAAAACCCAGAGGUCUGGACCCUGUGGAGAUCCUUCAGGAGAGAGAGUACAGGUUACAGGCUCGUAUUGCCCAUCGUAUUCAGGAACUGGAGAACCUUCCUGGUUCUCUUGCUGGAGAUUUGAGGACCAAAGCCAACAUUGAGCUUAAGGCUCUUAGGCUCCUGAACUUUCAGAGACAGCUCCGUCAGGAAGUAGUCGUGUGUAUGCGGCGUGACACUGCCCUGGAGACAGCGCUGAAUGGCAAGGCCUACAAGCGCAGUAAGAGACAGUCGCUGCGUGAAGCUCGUAUCACUGAGAAACUUGAGAAACAGCAGAAGAUCGAGCAGGAACGCAAGCGCCGACAGAAACACCAGGAGUAUCUCAACAGCAUCCUGCAGCAUGCCAAGGACUUCAAGGAAUACCAUCGCUCCAUCACCGGAAAGAUGCAGAAAUUGACCAAAGCCGUGGCCACGUACCACGCCAACACUGAGAGAGAGCAGAAGAAAGAGAAUGAGCGUAUCGAGAAGGAGAGAAUGAGAAGACUGAUGGCUGAAGAUGAGGAGGGUUACAGGAAGCUGAUCGAUCAGAAGAAAGACAAACGUCUGGCAUUCUUACUACAGCAGACAGACGAGUAUGUGGCCAACCUCACCGACCUCGUAAGAGCCCACAAAGCUGUCCAGGCCCUCAAAGACAAGAAGAAGAAGAAGAAGAAAAAGAAGAAGAUGGCAGAGAAUGCCGAGGGCGGAGCUCCUGUUCUGGGUCCAGAUGGAGAGCCGCUGGAUGAGACCAGUCAGAUGAGUGAUCUACCUGUGAAGGUGAUUAAUGUGGACAGUGGGAAAAUCCUCACUGGAAUGGAUGCUCCUAGAGCUGGACAGCUGGAUACUUGGCUGGAGAUGAAUCCAGGGUAUGAAGUGGCCCCCCGGUCAGACAGUGAAGAUAGCGGCUCGGAGGAGGAAGAGGAGGAAGAUGAUGAGCAGCCUCCGCACAGUCAGUCCUCAACCGAGGAGAAGAAAAAGGUUCCAGAUCCAGACUGUGAGGAUGUGUCUGAGGUGGAUGCAAGACACAUCAUUGAGCAUGCCAAGCAGGAUGUUGAUGAUGAAUAUGGUAGUGCAGCUUUUGCUCGUGGAUUGCAGUCAUACUACGCUGUGGCUCACGCCGUCACAGAGAAGGUGGAUCGGCAGUCGACUCUGCUUAUAAACGGACAGCUCAAGCAAUACCAGAUAAAAGGUCUGGAGUGGCUGGUAUCUUUAUAUAACAAUAACUUGAAUGGAAUUCUGGCUGAUGAAAUGGGUUUAGGAAAAACCAUCCAGACUAUCGCACUCAUCACCUACCUCAUGGAGUACAAACGACUAAACGGACCCUUCCUCAUUAUUGUUCCGCUCUCGACUCUUUCAAACUGGGUGUACGAGUUUGAUAAGUGGGCUCCGUCUGUAGUAAAACUUGCUUACAAGGGGUCUCCUGCUGCUCGCCGCGCGUUCCUUCCCAUUUUGCGCAGUGGCAAGUUCAACGUGCUGGUCACCACUUACGAGUACAUCAUCAAAGACAAGCAAGUGCUGGCCAAGCUCCGCUGGAAGUACAUGAUAGUGGAUGAAGGGCAUCGUAUGAAGAAUCACCACUGUAAGCUGACUCAGGUGUUGAACACGCACUACCUGGCACCCCGGCGUAUCCUGCUCACUGGCACACCGCUGCAGAACAAGCUGCCUGAGCUGUGGGCUCUGCUCAACUUCCUGCUGCCCACCAUCUUUAAGAGCUGCAGCACCUUCGAACAGUGGUUCAACGCGCCGUUCGCCAUGACUGGAGAGAAGGUGGACCUGAAUGAGGAAGAGACCAUUCUGAUCAUUCGUCGUCUGCACAAAGUGCUCCGUCCCUUCCUGCUCAGGAGACUCAAGAAGGAAGUGGAGUCCCAACUGCCCGAGAAGGUGGAAUACGUGAUUAAGUGUGACAUGUCAGCGCUACAGAGAGUUCUGUACAGACAUAUGCAGGCUAAAGGAGUGCUGCUCACUGACGGAUCUGAGAAAGACAAGAAGGGUAAAGGAGGCACGAAGACUCUGAUGAACACUAUUAUGCAGUUGAGGAAGAUCUGUAACCACCCUUACAUGUUCCAACACAUUGAGGAAUCAUUCUCUGAGCACUUGGGCUUCACUGGAGGGAUUGUUCAGGGACUUGAUUUGUACCGCGCCUCUGGUAAGUUUGAGCUGCUGGAUCGUAUCCUGCCGAAGCUUCGCGCCACCAACCACAAAGUGCUGCUCUUCUGUCAGAUGACCUCUCUCAUGACCAUUAUGGAGGACUACUUCGCCUACCGCAGCUUCAAAUACCUGCGCUUGGACGGAACCACUAAGGCUGAAGAUCGUGGUAUGUUGCUGAAGAACUUCAAUGACCCAUCGUAUCAGUACUUCAUCUUCCUGUUGAGUACCAGAGCUGGAGGUCUGGGGCUGAACCUGCAGUCUGCAGACACUGUUAUCAUCUUUGACAGUGACUGGAACCCUCACCAGGACCUGCAGGCCCAGGAUCGAGCUCAUCGUAUCGGGCAGCAGAACGAGGUGCGUGUACUGCGUCUGUGUACUGUGAACAGCGUAGAAGAGAAGAUCCUGGCCGCUGCCAAAUACAAGCUGAACGUGGACCAGAAGGUCAUUCAAGCUGGUAUGUUUGAUCAGAAAUCUUCCGGCCACGAACGCAGAGCUUUCCUGCAAGCCAUCCUGGAGCACGAAGAGCAGGAUGAGGAGGAAGAUGAGGUACCUGAUGAUGAGACCGUUAACCAGAUGAUCGCCAGAAGUGAGGAAGAGUUCGAUCACUUCAUGCGUAUGGAUCUCGACCGUCGUCGUGAAGAAGCUCGUAACCCGAAGCGCAAACCCCGUUUGAUGGAAGAGGAUGAGCUGCCUACCUGGAUCAUGAAGGAUGAUGCAGAAGUGGAGAGACUCACCUGUGAGGAAGAGGAGGAGAAGAUGUUUGGCCGCGGCUCCCGUCAGAGAAAGGAGGUGGACUACAGCGACUCUCUCACCGAGAAACAGUGGCUCAAGGCCAUCGAGGAAGGCACUCUCGACGAAAUUGAAGAGGAGGUGCGCCACAAGAAGACAACCCGGAAGAGGAAGCGGGACCGUGAUAUUGACCUUCCAGGUCCGGCCAUGCCUAGCUCCAGUGGGCGGAGCAGAGAUAAAGACGAUGACUGUAAGAAGCAGAAGAAACGUGGCCGUCCUCCUGCCGAGAAACUUUCCCCCAACCCUCCCACGCUCACCAAGAAGAUGAAAAAGAUUGUGGACACCGUAAUCAAGUACAAGGAUGGCAAUGGAAGACAGCUCAGUGAAGUGUUUAUUCAACUGCCUUCUCGUAAAGAGCUUCCUGAAUAUUAUGAACUGAUUCGCAAACCUGUGGACUUCAGGAAGAUCAAGGAGCGCAUCAAGAGUCAUAAGUACCGCAGUCUGAAUGACCUGGAGAAGGACAUCAUGCUGCUCUGCUCGAACGCUCAGACCUUUAACUUGGAAGGAUCACUGAUCUAUGAGGACUCUAUCGUGCUGCAGUCCGUGUUUACCAGCGUGCGGCAGAAGAUCGAGAAAGAGGAAGAAAGUGAGGGAGAGGAGAGUGAAGAGGAGGAGGAAGAUGCUGAUGAAGGAUCGGAGUCUGAAUCUCGUUCAGUGAAGGUGAAGAUCAAGUUGAGUCGCAAGGAAAAGAUGGAGAGAGGAAAGGGAAGACGGCGAACCGGACGGAGCUCACGGCCCAAACCUGUUGUUAGCGAUGAUGACAGCGACGACGAACAGGACGAGGAGCGUUCCGGUAGCGGCAGCGAUGAAGACUGAAGCUACUACAGGACCAAUCACUUCACUCGCUCACUGAUGCUGUAGAUACGUGAUGCCACAUCAGACUUACCAGAGCAACCCACAGGCCUAGUUUUACUGUAGAUGACCUUUUGAGAGAGAGGAAAUGUAUACGAAAUGAUUAAAUGAGAAUUACAGAAAAAAAUCAUCCACUCGCAUAUUUAAGCAGGUUAUCUCCAUUUAUGUAUAGUAUGAAAUUAUUGAGCGUUUUGUUUUAUUUUUUUUUUAUUAUUAUUUAGUUUUUUUCAUAAUUGUUUUUAUUUUUCUCUAGAAAGUGAUGUAAAAUGGACCGAUAUCUGACAAACUGACAGACAGUGGACCAGUAAGAAUGGACUUUAAGUUUUAAUGUCCUCAUUGUUUUUAACAGUGUGAAAGUCACCCCAUCCCAGACCCCAGAAUGGAUGUUGUUUGUGGAAAAUGAAGCCAGUUCGUUCCCCUGCCAUUUUCUUUUUCUCUUUCUGUUUAAAUUAAGAUUACAGGUGGGAUUAAGGUACUUCCUCCUAAUAGAUGUCCUAUCGGGAGAAAUGGGGGAGAAUAGGGUGUAGGAUUCUGUACUGUGUCAGUGUCACUGGAUUUCCAAAAUGCACAAUAAAGGCC